GCACCAUUCGGCCUCGCCUUAUUUCUCCGUUUUGAUUGUGUUGUACUUCUCCAUAAAUUUUGUUAUUGCCAAUGUCAACUCUUAAGUAUCAUGUCUACGAAAAUGCACUUAAAUAUUUUAUUGGUUGCACAAAAUCCUCUUGUUUCCAUUUUAAUCUAAAUGAUAUCAUCAGAUAUAAGCACAUCACCUUCAGAUGUGAAAAUUUUUAAAUGGACAUGCACAGGUUGAAAAAUGGAGGUGACAGAAAGGAAGGAGAUGCUGCAUCUCAAGCUUCGUCACAGCAAAAGAGAAAGAAGAAUAGCAAUAGAGUGCGGCAUUCCAAUGGAUAUCUCCAGGAAUGGAUGCAUCAGUCAAGAUCUUACAUGUCCCCUGCUCCUCCAUAUGAGCAACAAAUCAGUCAGUUUGUUGGUCCGUACUGGGAAGUGGCUGGAGCACCAAGAAUGUUUGCUGCCAUCUCGGAUCCCACUGUUUGCCGUUACUCAGUACCCACAGCACCUCCUCCACCAAUAGCUUACUCAUAUGAACCUGUCUCAUUACCAAUAUAUCAACCAGCAUAUCAACAGCCUGCUGUGCCCCCUAGCUCAAUUGGAGCAUGGCGCUCUCCCCAGCACAUGCCCAACCGUGGCAUUGUGAGACCAGAUGAUCAGAAACAUGUUGGAAGAUCCAAUGCGUCACAGUCUUCUAAACGAUCAAGUAAACUUAGCUCCUUGAGGGUUAACACCACCAGUAGUCCCCUGUCACCACGACAGAGUGCUUCUGCUCAUGAAGAGUAUUUAAGUUUGCCACCUGGUAUUGAUCAGGACUGUGAUCUGGAUGAUUCUCAUCGCCGCUUUAGUGACCCUGGCUUGGCCCGAACUGAAUCAGAAACAGUUCCAGUUAACGGCAAUGGCAAUAACAUAAAUAACAACUUGGAAGAAGAAAAUGAAAGUGGAGACUGGACGCAUGACAGUAGCAGCUCAUCCGGAGAAAGUGAUAGUUAUGAUAAUGUAGCGCUAUCAGAACAGCUCAACAUCUUAAAAGCAGAUAAUAAAAGACUUGCUCAGGAACUUCGCGACACACGUGCUGAAUUGCACAAAUUAAAGCUGCAGGCAUCAACUUGGGGAAAUCCAGUACAACAAGACUAUCAGCCAGGAAUGAUAGCAGAUUUGGUUCGAGAAAUAAGAGAUGCUGCUCAACUUAGGGAGGAAACACUUUUGUCUCGACUGAGGCUGAUGAUGGCUGAUGGUGGGGUACUUCGUCUUACUGGCUCAACAGUGGUUGAAAAGGAGAACACUACAACUACAAAAGAACCGAACAUAAACUCCCAGGAAUCUCAAUAUGCAGAUGACAAUCGAGAUUCGGAGCGGAUAGCACGCCUCGAGAGACAGUUGAGCAGCCUACAGUUACAGAAUGGCGGCGAGUCGGUGCGUCGUGAGGAACAACUGAGGCGCGAGCUGCAGGAGGCCCAGGCCGCUCGCAAGAUGGCCGAGAGCAACGUCAACAAGCUGGAGAAGCUGAUGAACAUGAUGAGGAAGAAGAUGAACGGCGUGACGGUGAGCUCGGAGCGUGACGGCGAUCGGGACGCAGAGGACCAGCCCCAGCCUCAUCAGCAACAACAUCAUCAAGGGCAGGGAAGUCCAGCGCCGAGCUCGCUCGAGUCUCUUACUUCAGCCUGCUCGUCGAACCACGGUCACCAGGCCAGCUCCGCCACCAGCCCUCCGGGUCCCGUCACCGACCUUUGACGGCGGCCUCCGGCGCAGGCCCGUGGGCAGCCGCUACCGCUGGGCCCCGCCCCCGACCCCACAUGGUGGGAGUGGUUGUGCCGGGCCCUGGCGCCCUUACGAGCCUCGCGCCCCACCCUCCUCCCCUGGCAUGACAUCUUCAGGGUGUGGGUGGUGAAAGCCACGGUGAUGUUGGUGGUGGAAGUUAUCAUUUAACAACAAGCCCAGCCAUGCGGAGCAGUGACUAGGGAUGACGAUUAGAUUUCUUAAAUUGAUAUUCCGCUGCACUUUAUUAAUUUAUUUUCCUGGAGUAUUUAUUCCUGAUAGUAGUGUGCACCCAAUUAUGGCUUCAACAAUUUUUGUCUAAUGUAUCACUGUGUACGUUAUUGAUUUGAGUGCUAAGGAUAUCAAUAACAAAAAUCUUUCAUUGGGUUGCUCCACAUUAAAUGAAGAGCUGAAGUCAAAUAUUUUACUGAACAGUUGUCAAGUGUAAUACAGAGCAUAGAAAAAUGUCCAAAAAUUGAAUACCAAUUCUGUUAAACUGGGACCACUGUCACUUUUUCACGUUUGUGAUGACUGAGAUUUCUAAGUGUUGCAUUAGCUUUAACCCCACAAGAGUAGGAAGAAAUUAUCAUCAUUCCUCUCAAUUUUUAUCUGGUCAUCAUUUUUUAAUUUCUGGAUUAUUUUCCGUCCUCUCCUGGCCUAAACAAAAGUAUGAAUGUCUGGGCCAUCAUGACUUAAGCUCUCUCAGGGUCUUUUACUUUCAUCUAUUAUUAACAAGUUCUUGUACUUUGUCUUCACUGGGAUGGGGAGACUUUUUAUAUGCCUGCCAUAUGCUGACACAUUUUUAACGUGCCUUAUAUUUUAGAAGAUUUCUUACAUCCUUUCAGUGAUAUUGGAGUUCCUCAAAGUUUUCAAGAGACUUUGUGCUGGCCACUCAAAUAAAUGGGCUGGCACACAUGACUGGCAGCGCUAAUUCUUAUAGUUCUCUAACUUGCCAUAAUUGAAAAAAUACCGUCUUGAAAAAUAAGGCCAAGAGCUUUAAAAACUUACCUUUGCUACAAUUGCAAUUUUAGUGCAUGUGGUUUAUUUUAUUAUUCUUACAUUUUUACAAGUUUUGUUUCUCCAGCCAACAAUAAGGUUGCCUAUUUCUGUGAUUUACUGUUAUUUUUUAAGGAGUAGUUCUUUGUCUUUCCUUUUUCUGUUUGCAGUUUUAAGCUCUCACCAGUUUUUGUUUCAUUAAUGAAGUUCAAUUUCUAUAAUUUUCUUGCUUUCAUAUUUUCCACAAUGUGAUCAAAGUUAGUUUUCUAUUAUUUGUUUAAUUUAACUGUAGCCAUAUCAAUGAAACAACUGUUAAAGACAAAAAUGACUUUUUACCUGUGAGCUCUACUUAUUGUAUGCGGUUUUAAAUGAUAUGCAAUUUUAUAUGUUGUAUUUUAUCAUGGUUCAAAAUGUGCAGACACAUUUCUGGUUUCAAUAUUUAUGAAAGUUUAGAUAUACAUUUGCCGCAAUCUUCUUUUACUAGAGUGUCCUGUGAUUUGAUGUAUUUAAUUCUGUAAAGAACUGAUCUGUGUUUUGGCCAUGAAAUAUCUAUUGGUUAAAUGGGCACUGAAGUACCUUUGAUCUGAUGUGUUGUGUGUGCCUUACUUUUGCCUAGUCUAGCCAUAGGUUUUUGUCUAAUAUUUAAACAUAUGCUCUUUUCAUUGCUCUUGAAGAGUACUGCACUUCCCACAGCUCAGUCAAUGGGAGUCAAUAAUUGAACGUAUAUUUAUUUAAAACCUGGUGUUAGAUCGAAGAUUCUCAAACAUCGAUUUACCACUCCAAAGGCGUUAGGCAAAUGUAUAUACAGUAUAUUUGGACGUCACGUUGGUGCUCCUGAUAUUGCUCGAGCUCCCCUGCAUAUAUAUAUAUAUAUAUUUAUACAUAUAUCAAUUUUAUUUUUAUUCUUUUGAGUGGUGUUUGAUUAGGUUGAGUUAUUUUUCCAUAUCUAUAUUGCAUAACUAUAGUUUAUUUAUAUUUUGUGUUCAAGUAAAGCUUUAUGUGUGAAUGUAUUUUGUAGCCAAAAUGUUUGAUGGCCAUUGAUAUACUAUGAAAUUUUACUCGUCUAGUUAAUGGAAGACAGGUCUGUUCUUCCUUAUGUUUUUGUUUUUUCUUGAUGGAUCUGUUCUUUGUGUUGUAAGAUCAUUUCUGAAAUGCACAAACUCCAUUCGUUUGUCAGUGUUGGCAAGAACUUGUGUAAGUACAACUAAAAGGUUAGUCGGUAGAUUAGUUUUGCUAUGGUUUGUAUUUGUCAUGACAUUGGGGCAAUAUUUGGUUGUGAAAAUAUUGGUUGCUUCUUUCUUGGUUGUAAUUAUGUACUACCCAACAGAUGCUCAUAAAAUAUAUUGUCUAAAUGGCCUUUACAAUUUGCCUUAGGGCAUUUUUAAGGAGAGGGAGACAGUAAAAACUUAGUCAAUGUAAUCAACAAGUUGUCAGAUGUAAAUCAUAUGAUAAGUGUGAUAAUUGAUUGCACUGCUGUGUGUGACAUUGCAUUACUUUUAGUCUUUUUCCACACAAUGACAAUAACCAUUUGAACCACCAUCUGAAGGUAGUAUUUUGUACCACUUGUUAAUGGAUUCCUAUUUACUAAAGCUUCACUCCAAAGAAUCUGCUUUGUGAAAGUUUGAGAACUCAUGUAUAUAUAGAUUAAAAUAAGUCUGGAAUGUAAGCUUUACCCAACAUGCAAAAUUUGAAAAACUUUUUUUAAAUUUUUGUUAAUCUCAAAGUUUUGACUCCACCAUUAUUUUUUUUUAGUGUUUUCCCACCAAAUGGUCCGAAAGUGAACACUGAAACAAAAGUAUUUUAAAAGAUUUUCAAAGUGCAUUAUAUCUAUCUAUCUGGGUUGUACAAUUGGGAAAUGUAUUCAAUGAUGAGAUCAUGGGUAGUUGGGGAUUAUUAGGAAAAGGCAGGUACAAUUGAAAUUUGAACAAUUUUUUUUAUUUUUGUGGCUUGAGACUGCUUUUAUUCUCAAAAUCACAUUUAAGUUUGCUUGUAUGAGUAUUGAAAGCGGCUCAAUAUUUUGCUUUGAAUUUGUGCACAGGAUAUAUUGAUAAUUCAGUCAAUGAACUCUCUUCUGGUUAGUAUACUAAAUUGGAUCACAACGCCUCAAUCCGGUUUUAGCAUUAGAACUAUUUGACUGAUAGUUACGGUUUUAUAUGUAUUUUAGUGCUUAUUACCUCUCAUAGAGAUGAAAGAUUUUUAUUGAAAUGUCAUCCUGUAAAUUUUCAAUCAGUUCUACGUUCUACAUCAGGAUGAUAACAUGCACAGCUUAUAAUCUGACUGUUUCAUGUUAAUUGUGGUUUGCUUACUCUGGAAAACCUGUGUAUAAGUAUUCAGUAUUUACUAAUUGCAGUAAAUACUGGAUACCUUGGCAAGGAAUAUACCUGCAGAAAAUACCUUCUCUCUUAGUUUUCAAUGGAAUUUUUGUGUGAACCUGUUAUCCAGUAAUUUCUGAAACCAUAUGUGGGUCCAUGUUGAUAUUGCUAUUUACUGCAUACAUACUGUCGGAAUACGAUAGUGGUACAGUUCAAAAGAAAUUCUGUGUACUGUAAGUAGAGGUGGGUAUAUAAAGCUGAUAACAAUUGCCAAGUAUACCAAAAAUUAUUUUCUAAAAAGAUAUUGCUUUUUCUGGAAGAAUGCAAAUAUUUUGUUUCUGCUAUGGAUUUUUAGACUUUUAAUACUUGCACUGUAUUGAAGCUUUCCUUGCAACUUAAAUAAAAUUCAACAUGCCAGUUA